UUUUCUACAAGUCCUGAUUAAAGUUAGAAACCGACACAAUGAUGUGGUUCCUACAAUGGCUCAAGGAGUGAUUGAAUACAAGGAGAAGUUUGGGUUUGAUCCCUUCAUUAGCAGUAACAUCCAAUAUUUUCUGGAUCGAUUUUAUACCAACCGCAUCUCUUUCCGCAUGCUUAUUAACCAGCACACACUUCUGUUUGGUGGUGAUCCGAAUCCUGCUCAUCCCAAACACAUAGGAAGUAUUGAUCCCACCUGUAAUGUGGCUGAUGUGGUGAAAGAUGCAUAUGAAACAGCCAAGAUGCUUUGUGAACAGUAUUACCUGGUAGCUCCAGAGUUGGAAGUUGAAGAAUUCAAUGCCAAAGCACCUGACAAACCUAUUCAGGUAGUUUAUGUACCCUCACAUCUAUUUCACAUGCUAUUUGAGUUGUUCAAGAAUUCAAUGAGAGCAACAGUUGAACUAUAUGAAGGUAGAAAAGAAGGAUUCCCAGCUGUUAAAACCCUUGUUACUCUGGGUAAAGAAGACCUGUCCAUUAAGAUAAGUGACCUAGGUGGUGGCGUCCCACUUCGAAAAAUAGAUCGUCUUUUUAACUACAUGUACUCAACUGCUCCUCGGCCUAGCCUGGAGCCUACAAGAGCUGCCCCCUUGGCUGGAUUUGGUUAUGGUUUGCCAAUUUCUCGUCUGUAUGCUAGAUAUUUCCAGGGAGAUCUAAAACUGUAUUCCAUGGAAGGAGUGGGUACUGAUGCUGUCAUUUAUCUGAAGGCCCUUUCAAGUGAAUCAUUCGAGAGGCUGCCAGUUUUCAAUAAGUCUGCAUGGCGCCAUUACAAGACCACACCUGAAGCUGAUGACUGGAGCAAUCCCAGCAGUGAACCAAGGGAUGCGUCAAAAUACAAGGCCAAACAGGAUAAGAUCAAGACUAAUAGAACUUUCUAGAAAACUGAAUGCUCCGGUCCUCUCGUGAAGAAAGAUUGUCUUCUACAGGUCAACUAGAGAACUUUCUUCCACCAUCUCUGAACAUUGCACUGUAGUUAUUCCCAGUGCUUAAAUGUGUAUUUUCUCCAUACCAGCUAGACCUGUCUGUGGAGCCCUUGCUGUAGUCACUCCAGCCAGCUCUUCACUAAAGUAGUAAUUUGAAUAAUUUGUCAUGGUAUUUUGCUGUGGUGUGGUUGGCACCUGUCACAAAAGAGCACAGGGCCUCCUGAGAGCUCUUGGGCCCUAUACUCUCUGUCUCAUUAUCAUGGAGUCUAGUGUCUAAAGUCUUCCCAGGAUUAUGAACUCUCCCCAUUCCAUAUGUAGCAUAUCCUACUGUUAUUCCUUGUGACCAUAUACCAUGUUUGUCCCAAGCUAGGGCCUAGAGUCUGGAAAUGGAAGGUAUCAGCUGAGCAUGUCUUAAUAAUUCAGUCUCAGGGUCCUCCUCUCUCAUACGCAUCCUUCCUCCACUCUGAUUUAGACUUUUGCCUUCUUCCAUCUGAUCAUACUCUUACUGUGAGGUGUGAUACUUUUGUGUUAGAUCUUACUCAUUAUGGCAUUUAUUUUAUUUUAAAAUUCAUUUGUAUACUUCCAUUCUGUUGAUUAAAGCACUCCAAAUGUUGUCUUGGAUGUUUUCACUUAACAACUUGGUUUCAGAGAGCUUAAGUGAAAAACUGCCUUUUGGCCAAUAUAAAGUUUGUAAAGAGUGGGAACUGAAGCUUUGAUACUUCCAUAAAAAUUCACCAGUAUAAUACUGUACCUUUGUCCUAUUAAUUACUUUGUAGUCUUCUAAGGAAUUGGAAAUUCCUGUAGGAUGCACUUUACUAGCUAUGAAAUAGACUAUCAGAGGGAAGCAUUCUUUCUAGUUUAGUGUGAAAAAAUGCUGUAAGUCUUCAUAAUUUUCAUUGUCAUUAAUUUUAGCCAGCUUAAGACUUAUCAGCUCAAUGUGAUUUUCAUAGUCCUUUACUUUUUGCUAGAAGUUGGAAGUGGGAAUUAGCAGAGGACUUGGGGUAAGGAAAGAGGAAUGAUGUUAUAUUUCCCUUAAUAGUAGAAGCUCUCUCAGAGCCCAGGUUCAACUUAAACAUCUUACAAGUUCAACUUCAUAGUAUAUGUUUCUGUUCACUGUAAUUUUUCAUAUAUAUCAUGUACUCUUCUGCCUUCCUUUAAAUGUUCAUAUAAAUGUUCACUCCACUUUUACGGUAUUGAGUCCACUGAUUUAGAAUUUUAACUUGUAGUUAGGUGCGGUGGUACAUACCUGUAAUCCCAUCACUCAGGAGGCUGAGGCAGGAAGAUCACAAGUUCAAGGCCAGUCUGAGCUACAUUGUGGGACCUUGUCUCAAGGGAAAAAAAAACAGAAGUUUUAACUUGCAAAGUAGUCUUCUUCCUUUAGUCAUACUGUAGUAGUAAUGCAGUUGUCUCCACUGUCACCACAGUGGGUAAUUUUUCCCUGGGAGUGGUUGUGACUCUGACCAGCCAUACUUGGCUUGAUUGCAGCUUGGUUUUUCUUAGUUCCACUGAAUCUGAUUUUCUUCCAUUUCAUUAUAUUACCUGAGCUCCUAGUAUCUUCUUUCAUCUUUGGAAAGAUAUUAUCUCUUCCCAUGCUUUAGAAGGAUCUUGUCACGGAACUCAUAUAUAAUCAGUGAGGUAAAAAGAAAUAUCUAUACGUACUUCCAAGAGAUUGCUAAGAGAUGAGCUGUACAGCAGCUUGUUAGUUUUAGGUCUGAGUCACAUCUUGUCCCAUAUGAUUAUUUUCUUGUGGUGUAAAAGAUGUAAAAAUAAUGGUCCUUUACAUUUAAGGACUGUAGCUUCCUUAUAGACAUUAGAUAGCAUGACUAUAUCUUAUUGGGCCUCAAUUUCCAACCUUCCUCCUUUAUACUUUCAAGUGUGAUAUGUUGUAGGAGAAAAGAGGCAAUGAAUUCAGGUGGUGGUACCAUCUGCCUUGUUCCAGCACUAUUCUUACUGUUUGAGGAAUGCCCAUUGAUUACAAUGCCCUCACAAUAUCACAUAAGGUUGAAUAUGGUAUAGAAA